AUGGAAGAGAUGGAAGCUGUAGUAGACUCCGUUUGGUUUGAUCCGGCAAGCCUUGACCUCUGGACCUCUUGCUUUCAUUGGUCUGUGGCAGGUGCUGAGCAGCAAGCUCGCUCAUUAAACGCAUUGACAUUUGCGACUAAUCUCUACAAUUCAAUGCCUGACUCUACCAUCUCUAUCGAAGUCAUCAACAGCACCAUGUAUGGUGUCUCUUGGGCAAACUCGAUCGAACCCGAAAGCCUACCCACUCGCAAACAUGCAUUAGGCAUGUGGUGGCAUAAAGACGAAGCAGUCGAACGAUCAUCCGUUCAGAAAGAUCUACCAUCAGAUCAAUUCAGUAUGACAGAUACCAGCAAGCAGGACUCAGAUGUCUCCGUCUAUCAUGGCGACGAAGAUGGCGAGCCUUCUGAAAGGCUGGGGCCGAUCUUCAGGCAGGGGAGUAUUGAGCUCGAACAGGAGUUUCGCCAGCCCUACAACGAUGCUCAGGAGGAUAGAGGACUUCAAAUAAGAAGGGCUUUCUCUUGCAUAGCGUGGUUCGACUCUGGCGAAUUUGAUAUCCCACUGAAGAACCUUAACGCAGUUAUGGCACUGGCAAACGGAGCAUCUAUCUACGUCGCGAGCGAGCUCCUUGUAGAUCCUUCAGCAAGCACAGCGGAUGCUCCGAUCCAAAGAGUGUUUGGCAACCUGGGGCGCUCAGAGCUUUGCCUACUAAUACCACCUGCAGAUCCGCGCCUCGCAAGUCCAGACGUCCGCUCUUGGAAGCUUAUAAAUCACAUGGCAUUUGAUGGUCAGUUGCAAGACUCAUUUGGGGGUACUACAUUACAUCUUACAUUCACUGAGUCGGAAGAUGCUGUGUAUGUGGGGAACCGGGGACUUCGCGAUCGGCAAGUGGUACUUCUUGAGGCUCUCAUUUCUAUUGAUGACCGCGGCCGCAACAUAGGGGAUUUGGACAUCCUUUCUAUGUUCAACAGAUCCAGUAUUCGCGUGAACGAGAAAUGCACGCAUGCUACCGAUAAGGAGGCAGCCGAUGUUGCAGAUUGGGGCUUGACAGCAGUGGACUGCUGGGAAGAGUUUCUAGAUCCUCCAAACGGGAUGGCAAUCUUUCGUGCCUGUAGCAACUGGCAAGCGCGUCUGGGGGCGACGGCCGCUGCUGUACAGACCGGCAAAAAGGUACUCGUUCUCCCAGAAAAAGCAUGUUUGCAUUGUUUGGCAGGAUCUGUGAAGGAGCGCGUCGAUAUUAUCAUCGCUUGA